AUUACAAAAAGCACUUUCACGUGCUGUGGAAAGAGUUUGGUAUUGAAGCCAAAAUGCUCUUGUUUGAUAUUUUUCUUUUUUGAAAAGAAAAAGGCAAAUUGAACAAUUUUUUUUUCCUGUGCGACCCACCGCGUUGGAUUUUCCCAUAGACUCCUUUUACAGCUGCAAGCAUCCCAGCUGACAUUUGUCAAACAGGAUGUUUUUUUAUAGGUCAUGCUUACAAUUUUGGUCUUUGAUUUGCUGAGCUGAUUCCUUGGGCAGGCUAUAUUAACGAGUCAACCUAAAAAACUGUCAAACAUUGGUAAACAAGAACAGCAAUAAAAUUCAUCUGUGGAAUGGGAGAGCAUGCUCAGGAUGAUUCCUUUCUCAGUGUUCUGUCUUCCAUCAUAAGGAGUCAAUGAACUUUUUGUGAACAUUAUGAACAGUGGACUGUUUUCACUUGUGUUCCGAAUUGGCCUGCUGUUCCUGUCCUUGCUCAGAUCUGGAGAAUCUCAACAUAUAGCAGAUGAAUCAUGCUCAGUACAGAUCCUAGUCCCUGGCCUGAAAGGUGAACCUGGGGAAAAGGGGGAGAAAGGAGAGCCUGGAAGGCUAGGAAAAGUUGGCCCAGUUGGACAACCAGGCCCUGCUGGUGAAAAAGGCCAUAAAGGUGCAAUGGGUCACCCUGGCAAAAUAGGCCCAGCUGGGUUAAAAGGAAACAAAGGAGAUACUGGUGAUCUAGGACCAAAAGGGGAAAAUGGAGAUCCAGGUUUACCCUGUGAGUGUGGCCCCCUGAGAAAGGUAAUUGGAGAAAUGGACAUUCUUGUGACACAAUUAACAAAUGAACUCAAUUUCAUUAAAAAUGCACUGCCCUCCCCUGCAGCUGUUGCUGGAGUACGAGAGGUAGAGAAUAAGAUUUACCUACUGGUGAAGGAGGAGAAGAGGUACACAGAUGCCCAUGAGUAUUGCCAUGACCGAGGAGGACUACUUAUAAUGCCAAAAGAUGAAGCAACCAAUAGUCUCAUUGCUUCUUACAUCAGCGAAGCAGGUCUCAGCAGGGUAUUCAUUGGUGUUAAUGAUCUGGAGGAGGAAGGCCAGUUUGUCUUUACAGAUGGGUCACCCCUGCAGACCUUCAACAAGUGGCGUACCGGAGAGCCGAAUAAUGCCUACGAUGAAGAAGACUGUGCGGAGAUGGUAUCUUCUGGGGGCUGGAAUGAUGUUGCCUGUCAUAUUACAAUGUACUUUGUCUGUGAAUUUGAUAAAGAUGCUCCUUAAUUCAGUCAGGUCCUGAUGUUGUAGCAUUAUAUUAUUCCACAUUGACAAUGGAGAAAUCAGUAUUAGUUUUAAAAGCUAUGAUACCUCAAUGGGGGAAUGAUUAAAACCACCAGAGUAUUUGUUUUAUAAGACUCAUUUUCACUCACCUUCUUAGAUGUAUGAUACAAGUACUGUAGGAUAAUAUAUUGAGUUUUAGCAGAACCAUUUUCUUGUGCUUUAUAGUUUCCGUGAACAAGGCAAGAGGUAAUUUGACAUUGGAUGGCAGCUUAAAGAGAGAAGAUCAAUGAAGUCAAUGAGAAUGAAAAUUUCAGAGCUUUGUGUAAUAGAUGACUAAUCUUACAUUGUCUAUUUUACACUGUCACAAACAAAAUUACCAGCCCAAACCCUCUCAUUUGUUACUUAAGUUUCUCUUUCCUCAUUUGCUAUUGGUUGGGUCUUUCAAUUUAUUUUUCAAAGCUGUAAAUGGCAAGCUAUUCCUUGCUGUUUUUGGCUAAACAAUUCACUGCCUGUUCAAAAUGAACAUUAAAGUGAGCUCUAUUAUAAUUCCUUUUCUUGCCAUUCUGCGCAAGAUAUGAGUGGUUAGAAUUGCUAUCCUCAUUUUCUACUUAUUUUAAAGUAUUCCGAUCAUAGAAUUUUAUACAAUAGAAUUUCAGAGAUACCAGGGAGCACAAGAGGUGAAUUACCUGUAUCUAUGACUGUGCCAGCAUCAUAUCUGCAGGCCUAUCAACUGCUGUGUGACAAUGACUGAGGACCUUAGUUCACUAUCUGUUGUCAGGAAACUUCUGCCCAUUGGGAUUGUACUGCUGCAGUAGUAUAAUCAGGGAAGCUCAAGAGGCCAAAAUUAGAAGAGAACAGAUACCUUAGAAGGUUGUGGAGGAGAUUACAGAGAGAGAGCAAAGGGUUAGAUCAUGAAAGAGUUUGACAAUGAUGGGAAUUUUACAACUGGGGCAGUUUUUAACAAUGCAGAGUUCAUGGCUCAACAUGGUAGUGGAAUUUUGGAUGAUUUCACAUUUAAAGAGGGUAUCAUGUGGGAAUGUUGGCCAGAACUGGUUUGGAAUGGUCAGAUUUAGAGAUAACUAAGGCAUGUGAAUGAUGGUUCAGCAGUAGAUCUAAAUAGGCUGAACUUGGAAAUAUUAUUGAGUUGGAAGUAGGUGAUCCCAAUGAUUAAGAGGCAUAUGUUUGUAAGCUUAACUCAGGGUCAAAUAUGAAAACCCAGUUGCAAACAGACAGUUGCCACGGAAAAAGUUGGAGUCAGUCGCAAGUGAACAGAGAUUGUGGUGAGGGCCAAAGGUAUUGGUUUAAGUUCCCUUAAUAUUUAGCAGUCUCCAAUUAUUUCCAAUAUGUAUUCUUGGUGCAUAGCACCCUCAUCAAAUAGCUGCUUUCACUUUUUCCCGUCUGUACACUGUGACUGAGCACUAUUAUCUCCUCAAGCUUAAUAUUUGUAUUCUCUGGUGUGUGUAUUAAUGCUUCCGUCAAUUGAUGAGUGAUAUAGGCACUAGUUUGGUCAAGGUCUCUGACACUUCUGGUGGGCUCCUCUUCCAGGUCUAGAACAUAGAGGUUUUAAUGGCGGCUCCAGAGACAGCUUCAAACAGAGGUUAGUAUUUCUCUGGUUAAGGUUAUAUUGAUGAUUGGGAAGGAUAAUAACACAUGGCAAGGGCAGAAUGGUACUAACCCUGUGCUUGGCAGGAGACCUGUGAUUUCAACAUCUCUAUUCUUUCAAUGCACAUAUAGACAAAAAUAUCCAGGGCAGCCAAGAUAAGUGUAAUCUUUUCUAAGACCUCCUCUGGUUUGAAUUUGUUAUUAUAUACUAUCUUAUUAUACCUUCUGAACUGUGAGAUGUAUUUGGUUACCACAUGUUCACUGUUUAUUUCUGUGAUUCUGUAUAAACAAAAUAUCUUACUGAUUUUCAAGUUUCAUUAACAUUGACUUACUUUAUAGAUCCAUUAUCCCUUUGAUGUAGUUUCUGGCAACACUGUAAAAGAUGUUGACAAACCUAGCAUCUCUGUACAGCUCUGUACUCAAUAUAUUGCUGACAUUGUGUAAUUUGGUUUCAACUGUGAUCAGUUCUACUGAUGUUGCCAUUUUCUGGUACAAGUGAUAUUAAAUAUUUAGUGUUGUAAUAGGA